GCCCGCAGCUAACGUCACUCACUGUUACUGUACGUGUUGGAUCAAGUUUUAGAGGAAAAUUAGCAGCUGUUCAUCAUCAUUGGGCUGUGGGCUCGUUUGCUUAACUUACGGAAACUUUUCAUAUAGUUGAUAUGUGAUUUGUGCGCAAACUUGGAGAACAGCUCGGAUACUUGUUGUCACCAUGGCAGGAGGAAGACGCGGGGGCGCACCUGGAGCUGGCGAGGACUACUCCCCUGUCAGUCCAGUUGUAAAGUACCUUCUGUUCGUGUUUAAUUUUAUAUUUUGGAUAAUCUCCCUGGUGAUGGUGGGAAUCGGUGUGUAUGCCCGCAUGAUGAAGCAUGCAGAGGCAGCACUUGCAUGUCUGUCAGUGGACCCGGCUAUAAUGCUGUUGGUCGUGGGGAUCCUCAUGUUCAUCAUCACCUUCUGCGGCUGUGUGGGCUCACUACGAGAAAACAUCUGCCUUCUGCAGACAUUCUGCAUCUGUCUGACAGUGAUCUUUCUGCUCCAGCUGACUGCCGGGGUCCUGGGCUUCAUCUUCUCUGAUAAGGCUCGGGCUAGAGUGACAGAGAUGGUCAGUAAUGCCAUCGUCCACUACAGAGAGGACCUUGAUCUGCAAAACCUCAUUGACUUUGGUCAGAAAGAGUUUGGCUGCUGUGGUGGUGUGACGUACACCGACUGGUCCCAGAACAUGUACUUCAACUGUAAGCCGGAAAACCCCAGCAGAGAGCGCUGUUCUGUCCCCUUCUCCUGCUGUCUCAUGACGAAAAAGGAGGUGGUUAUCAACACCAUGUGUGGCCAGGGCAUGCAGCAGUUAGAGUUCGUUGAAGCUGGGGACCACAUCUACACCAACGGCUGCAUCGACAAACUGGUGGAUUGGAUACACAGUAACUUGUUUCUACUGGGAGGCAUCGCUCUGGGACUGGCCAUACCGCAGCUGGUUGGCAUCCUCUUGUCUCAGAUUUUGAUAAAUCAGAUCAAAGACCAGAUAGAGCUUCAGAACUACAAUUUAAAGCACCGCUCAGACCCAUGGAGCUGACCCAGGCCCGAUCAGACCAGAAUCUGAUGAACGGCACCAGAGACACUGUGACACCAGCAGAUGGGGAUACUCUGCCUGGACUGAGCUUUCAUUAUCUUUGCUAUUAGACUUAAAAACACAAGACUAGUGUUCAGCCAGCUUGUGGACAAACCAUUAAUGUGCUUUUAAAUACUUUGCAUGAAAGUGGUGGUAAGUACACUCAACGGAAAGAGAUGGAGAAACAAGACUCUGUCUCCACCUCCUGGACAGAGACGGUGCAUGAAUUUCUCAAGCUUAAUACAUAAGUUAUUUUCCAAGCAGAGACAGGGAGGGUUAUUUGGUGGUCAGAGUCAAACUGAUGGAAUCACUGACCUUUACUGAAGAGCUGCAGUUAGUAUUAUCUGUCACAAGUCAUUUUUUUUUGUCAA